AUGCUAAAAAGAGAUAAGAAACAGAAGGUCGACAAGAUAGUGCAGACUAAUAUGGAGGAGGAUCCAAGAUAAUUCUAUUUGAUUGACACUCAAGAAGAGGUGAGCGGACACAUCUUGGAACGAUUGAGACAACAACCCAUUGUUUAAAUGAAAAAGGUUGCCUUUGACAAAGAACAUGGAAACACUAUUGACAGCGUGCCCAUCAACAUUAAAUCACAUGUUAAAUCGGAAAACGAAUUAUACUUUGAAUUGCAAUACUAAAACCCAAACUUAUUGCCAUCUUAUUACCCUUUCUACUUCUUAAGAGAGAGAUUCCCCAAAUUACUGAUUGAGUAUUAUAAGAAUAACAGUGUUUUAAUAUUGAAAUGA